AUGUCGUCUACUAUUAUUGACGGUGUUGCCCAUCAAUUGCCUACCAUUAACGGUAGUGACAGUGAAUCGAGAUAUAGCAAUCGUUACAGUAAACGCAAUAGUGCUCUCAAUGUAGACUUAAUGAUCAAUACCGACCUAAAAAGCAUGAAUGAAGAAGGUGAAGAAGAAUAUACCCCUACACCAAGAGCGGCACGCAGACAGUUAUCCAUAAAUUCACGUAGAAGAUCUACUCUACUGUACCUAGAGAAAUAUGGAUUGGAUCAACCUAAUUGGCAUGAAAACAACAGCAGUGAUUAUGAACAGAGUAACGAUAGUGGUGGUAAUAGUAGUAAUAGUCGCCAUUAUGAUGACGGCGUAGGUCAGCCACAACAACAGCCAUUGACCGUUGAUAAUAAUACUUGCGAAAACAAUGGCGUAGUAUUCAGAAAAGGUGGAGAGCAGGAAGAGCAAGAAAGAAGAACAGAUAUCUACGGUCCAAACAAACAAAAAAUUAUUGCUGUGGAAUUGCAACCCAAAGCUGUCAAAAAUAUCAAAAAUCAUUAUUCGCAAAAACGUCCAACGCAAUUCAUCAAGCCAGAGAAGACUGCAGUGACAACAGUUGAAACUAUUUCACAACCAAACAGUGAAUUUCAAAAUGUUUUUAUGUUAAUGGAAGAAUUUACAGACAAACUGUAUAUGGAAGGUUAUUUGUAUAAAAGAGUUGAUGUCACGUCGGAUGGAACACUAUCGAGAAGGACAAAUUGGACACUUUGGUACGUAGAGUUAUGCGGGUCUGUACUAACCUUAUGGGAUGCUUCAAAUAAAUCAACUACGGUGUAUCCGCAAUAUAUCAAUAUAACGGACGCCAUCAUUUGUAAUGAACCGCAUUUAACCAGCGAAGCAAGAACCAAUAUUUUUUCUCUGAAUACGGCAGGAGCGAAUCGUUACCUAUUUCAGACGAAUCAUACAGCUGAUUUUCAUCGUUGGAUAUUGGCUCUUCGAUUGUCAUGUUUUGAAGCCGCUCGUAUUCAAGAAGUUUAUACCAGAGCCUUUCUGAUAUCCAGACCUAAUAGUCGAAAGUUCUUAGCUCCUAAUACACAAAAAACCAUUUUAUUUGAAGGAUUUGUUCAAGUGAGGUUCAGUGGCCAGACGACACGGUGGAAAAGAGUAUGGGCGGUUGUAUCAAACCAUAAAGUCGAAAAGCGGCUCAUUUUCAACAAGAAACUUAUACCCACACAAGGACAAAUUAUGUUCUACGAAAACAAGAAAGCAAAGACUCCUUUUAUGACCAUGGAAAAUGUCAUUCAAGCUUAUAAAAUGUAUCCAGAGUCACCAAAAAUGAUUGACGUUGCUACUAUGUUUAAGAUAGAAGGCAGUAUGUACAAAAUCAGCAAACAAAAUCGACAACCACAAUUGGUCAGCUCAUCUUGCUGUGCUCUUAUGAUGACGGCAAAUAUACAAGAGUUAGUAGAAUGGCUCAUGGCUGUUUAUGACGCAUUUCAGCUCUAUGGUCGACCUCAGAAAUUACUAGAUGAUCCAAAUAACCCGAAAGCGCUCAACUUUGCAGAUGGUAUGGGCCUGUUUCUAUAUACAGAUGAAGCUCAGCAAGCCAUCGAUAUGGAACAGCAUGCUACUAUGAUGACGGAUCUGGCAGCUAGUAAACAGGAAUUCACAAGAUUGUUGACAGACAAAUUGAAACAUGGUAGCGUCACCCCUUUGAUACCGUCAUCCGCAAUGCAAUCUCCAUCUUUAUCACCUCCUCAGCGACCUUCAUCGCCUGCUUCAUCAUUAUCACCAUCGUCCCCAUCACCUUCCAGGCCUACAUCGCCAACAAUAGCAAACCGUACAUCUUUUACAUCGCAAAACAGACAUCCUUCUGCAAAAACAAACUUUGCACAACAAUUAUUCAUUAAUGGUCCAACGCAAUUGAGAAAUGUUACUUAUGCUAGUGAUGAUGAAGAUGAAGAAGAGGACGAUGAAAAUGAGGAAGAUCAAAGUGCCCCAGAAAGUGACGAAGAAGAAGAUGAAGAUAGAUCAUUAUUUAAAUUUGGUACAAAACCGCAACAAUUAAUAACAGCUACUCAUAAUAGUAAAAAUCCCUCGAAAUCGAGUUCGGAAGUGUCAGAUGAAUCAUCACCUGCUACAUUACCCGACACUUCAUUGGUAGAUCAACUCCCAGCCUCUCAGCAACAGCAGCGUUCACUGUAUUUCCUUAACAGUCACCAUCGAUUGAGUCAACAGCAACAGGUAUUCGGCAGCGAAAAAGAAGAGGUUCAGAAAGAUGUAAAUGACGAUAUGUCUAUGCCUAUAGCUGCUGCAGUAGCAGUUGAUGACUUUAUCACUCAAAACAGCUUAUUAGAUCAACAUCAGCGUCAACAUACCACACCGAAAAAGAAGGUGCUUCAAAAUAAGGCCAGAGCCACUCGCCAGCCUUUCUUUACUAUCGAUCAAGGCCAACAAUAUCAACAACAGUCGGCGAAUCCUGUAGGCUUGGUGGAUUUGACACCAGACAAAGGACCUCAAACUGAUAAAAGUCAUAGUCGGUUGAUGGGACCCAAUUAUUGUAGAAGAAGUAUGAUGACGAUGCCGCCUAUGCCAAAUCCUAUUUUGAUGAUGGAUGAUCAAAAUUUGAACGGAAUGAGUUUGCUAAAUUACCAGCAAUUCUUAAUGCAGCAGCAGUUCAAUAUGUAUCAUGUGCCAUCAUCGCCUCUGAUGAUGACAGCUCCGCCACUGCCUCACCCAUAUGGUUAUGCAAUGAUGAUGCCACCUGUGCCAACGCCUUCUAUUUCGGCACCUAUGUUCUCUUCACCAAUGACGCCUCCUAUGCUGUAUGAACAACAACAACAACAACAACAAUAUAAUUAUCCUCCCCACCAACGAACCAUGUCUUCACCUACUCCGUCACAAGGCUCACUAACAAGUCGUUUGUCUAAACUGAUGGUGAAUGAACAGCAACAGCAACAUCACCAGCAACCUUUCUAUUAUAAUAGUUAUUACAACAAUUCACCGAGUACAGCUACAGUUAGUAGUCGUCAUAGUAGUGGUAGUAAUAAUAGCAGCAGCCCCAGCGGUAGCCUUCGUCAAAAAAAGCCUCGACAUCGACCUUCUGUCACGUCGCAAACAAAUACAAAUCAUUACGAUAACUCUAAUAGUUCUCAUUCGUUACCCAGAAAAACAAUGCAUCAUUAA